CGUCCUGAGAACAAAAAGGUUCCAAGUACUACUUUAUCACACGUCUUAGUGAACUCUAUGCUUCACAGCUAACUACUCAGUAAUCAAAAUGUCAAAAAUAGUAGCAGUACUACUAAUUUGCACCUCACUAUGUGUGUUCGUGAACACAUUUCCUCAAAACCAAGGAACCCGAAUCAUUGGUGGAGAAGUAGCUCCAGCUGGACAAUUUCCCUGGCAGGCGGCAAUUUAUGUAACAACUGCUGAUGGGCAGUACUUCUGUGGUGGAGCACUUGUAGCUCCUGACUGGGUUCUAACAGCUGCACAGUGCGUGUAUAAUGCGAUUCAGUUCACAAUUCAGUUGGGAUCAAACAGUCUAAAAACAAGCGAUGAAAAUAGACUAAUAGUGUCUACAUCGUUAUACACAGUACAUCCUGACUACAAUCCACAGACUCUAGAACACGAUAUCGGACUUAUUAAGUUUCACAUGCCAAUCACCUACACGGAUUACGUCCAAAAAAUUAACAUGGCAAACAUGGGACAAAUAUUUGAUGGAAUUGGUGUUACGGCGUCAGGAUGGGGGCAAACCAGUGAUGACAAUGCUGAACUUACUGAUGAAUUAAAUUUCGUAAAUUUGGUAAUAAUAUCUAACACUGAGUGUCAGAUAACUUAUGGCAGUCAAGUUAAAAGCGGCAUGGUUUGUGCUGUCGGUAACUACAAUGAGGGUAUUUGUCUUGGUGACACUGGUAGUCCUAUUAUUAAACCUGGAAUUAAGGGAGAACCCCUUCAUGUGGGAAUUGCGAGUUUUAUGAGUCUAAAUGGAUGCGAAACUGCUGAACCAACGGGAUACACAAGAACGGAUGUAUACCAUCCCUGGAUUUCAAACGUAACAAAGGCUCCCUAGAUUUAUAUUACAAAUUUUUACAGAAAAUUCAUUGUUACGUGAUUUAUAUUAAAGCUAUAAUUGCAUAGACAACUGUAAUUGGCAUAUUUUCCCACGACCAUUCAUUAAAAUGUUCGGAUUG